GGCUCCAUUUGUUCCAUUUGUCAAAAGGUAGCAGCCAAUAUUCCAUUUGACUAUACUCUCUUCUUCACCUAAUUCCCUUUCUUCUAACUCCUAAUAAACCUCCAAAUACACACAUCAAACUUUAUCAAUCGGUGCAGAAAUGGGGGCAGGACGUGAAGUUGUAAUUUCGUUGGAUGGAGUUAGGGACAAGAACAUUAUGCAACUCAAGAAAAUCAACACUGCUAUUUUCCCUGUACGCUAUAACGAUAAGUAUUACACUGAUGCUAUUGCCUCUGGUGAUUUCACCAAGCUAGCAUAUUACAGUGAUAUCUGUGUAGGUGCAAUUGCAUGUCGCCUUGAGAAGAAGGAGGGUGGGACUGUUAGUGUUUACAUAAUGACUCUGGGUGUUUUGGCUCCAUAUCGUGGGUUAGGUACUGGCACAAAGCUGUUGAAUCAUGUUCUCGAUCUUUGUGCCAAGCAGAACGUUAAUGAGAUUUAUUUGCAUGUGCACACAACUAAUGAAGAUGCCAUCAAUUUCUAUAAGAAAUUUGGAUUCGAGGUUACAGAUAAAAUCCAAAACUAUUAUACAAACAUUACCCCACCAGACUGUUUUGUCCUGAAGAAGUUCAUCACUCAAACAAAGAAAUAGACAUUGUGAGCUAUUUGGUUGAGUCUUGGUCAAGCCUUCACAGUAUCUUGAGGUUCUGAGCCUUCUGGUUCUAGUUUUUGCUAUUUAUGGGUAAUGUACCCUCAUUGAAUUAUCACCAGGUUCCCCCCUUCGUUUAGAAAAUUAUCUUAAUCUGCAACAAAAUGACAGUUGAAUGAUUUCCCUGUAAUAGAAAUAGUUCAGUGCAAUGCAAACAUUUUGGUCA